AUGGGUAAAAGGAACCUGCAAGAAGGGCUCCGUUUUUCUCCAGUCACAUGCCAGGGGUUGGAGAGAGAAGCCAAAAAUCAGUUUUCCAGUUUCAGCAAUUUCAUCACAACUAUCAACGAAAAGAAAGAAGGCAUCGGAAACAGGGAUUCACCUCCACAACAUGUUAUACCCAACAUCAAAAACGUGAGAGACCUACCACCUGUUUGCCUCGACGUACGACAGAAGCAGCGCAUCUCUAUAGAUACACUACCCCAAGAGCUGAAAGCACCAGUUCCUCCUGAACCUUCCCUUCCCAUCCGAACCAAAACUGUGAAAGAUUUUCAGGAUGAUGUGGAAAAGGCUAAGUCAUCAGGAGACUGGAAAGCUGUACAUGAUUUUUAUUCUACAACAUUUGAUUCAUUCCUGGAGAUAAAUGCUGCAUUUAAGAAAGAUACCAAUUCUCCAUUUAAUACCACUGAGGACUCUGGAAUCAAUGCAAAAUUUGUGAAUGUUGUCUAUGAUGCCUUAUUAAAUACUCCUCAAGAUGUUCAGAAGUCAGUCCUAAAAGGAAUAAUUAAUGGUCUGCUACAAGAAUGGAAAGGGCCACGAACAAAAGAUGAUCUUAGAGCAUACUGUAUACUUUUACAGAAUCCUCAAUUUAGUAACACUUCUACUUAUGUCAUCUAUGCUCACUUGCUAAGACAGAUAGCAGCCUUAACAGAAGCUGACCAUCAUUUCCUAGUGCACUGGUCUAAAAAGAUUCCACAGAAGAGGUUCAAGCAGCUGGUGGAUAGGUUACUGCAAUUUAUUUCUUUACGCCUGUUUCCUGCAAAACCUGAAGAGUUUCCACCUAUGGUGAAAUGUACCUGGUGGAUUCCAUCAGCAACCAAAGUCCUGGCUUUAUUUAAUGCUGCAAAUAGUCUGAUCAGUCCUCCCAUUAUUUCAUAUACAGAGUUCUAUAAUUCUACACUUGAUCAUAUUGAUCUUAUGGAAGAAUAUCAUAACUGGCAAUGUUACGGGAAUUCUCACAGGUUUUCUUUCUGUCAAUACCCAUUUAUUAUUUCCAUAGCAGCAAAAAAAGUUAUUAUUCAAAGGGACUCGGAACAACAGAUGAUAAGUAUUGCACGGCAAAGCCUUGUGGAUAAAGUUUCUCGAAGACAGAAACCUGACAUGAAUAUGUUGUUCCUAAAUGUGAAAGUGAGGAGGACACACCUUGUUAGUGAUUCACUUGAUGAGCUAUCACGGAAAAGGGCAGAUCUGAAAAAAAAGUUGAAAGUCACAUUUGUAGGGGAAGCUGGACUUGAUAUGGGUGGCCUGACAAAAGAAUGGUUUCUUCUUCUGAUUCGCCAGAUUUUUCACCCAGAUUAUGGCAUGUUCACCUACCACAAGGACUCACUAAUCAGCAGCUUUAAGUGUGAUAACUAUUCUGAAUUCCGGUUGGUUGGAGCUCUUAUGGGACUUGCUGUAUAUAAUAGCAUCACCUUGGAUAUUCGGUUCCCACCUUGCUGUUACAAGAAAUUAUUGAGUCCUCCCAUUGUUCCCUGUGAUCAUAACACACUUGUAGGCAUCUGUGAUGUCACACUAGAUGACCUGUUUCAGAUCAUGCCUGAACUGGCCCAUGGACUAAGUGAACUUCUAUUCUAUGAAGGCAAUGUUGAAGAGGAUUUUUACUCAACCUUUCAGGUUUUUCAGGAAGAAUUUGGUGUUAUAAAAUCUUACAACUUAAAGCCAAAUGGAGAUAAAAUUGCAGUCACAAAUCAGAAUAGGAAAGAGUAUGUGCAGCUCUAUGUUGAUUUUCUUCUCAACAAAACAAUCUACAAACAAUUUGCAGCUUUCUAUUAUGGAUUUCAUAGUGUCUGUGCUUCGUAUGCAUUACUGCUACUUCGUCCAGAAGAGGUUGAAAUUCUUGUCUGUGGCAGUCCUGAGCUGGAUAUGUCUGCUUUACAGCGAAGUACCCAAUAUGAGGGCUACCAAAAAAAUGAUCUUACUAUAAGGUACUUUUGGGAUGUAGUACUUGCAUUUUCUCUUGACCUUCAAAAGAAGCUGCUGCAUUUUGCUACAGGAAGUGAUAGAGUACCUGUGGGAGGAAUGGCUGAUUUGAAUUUCAAAAUUUCAAAGAGUGAAACGUCCACUAAUUGGUUACCUGUGGCCCAUACCUGCUUCAACCAGCUUUGUCUCCCUCCUUACAAGAACAAGAAGGAACUGAAGCAGAAGUUGAUCAUUGGAAUUUCAAAUGCAGAGGGUUUUGGUCUAGAAUAAAAUUAAAUACUUAAAGAACAGCAUCUUUAUGUAGCAUUCACUCUCUUCUAAUUGUGCCUUUAAGCUUUUUGUUGUUAUGUCUCUUGAUACUGUGGCAGUCUUACCCAACUUAGAUAUUUUAAUUUUUUUAAAUUAAAUGUUAAGUGUAUGGUUUUUUCCAAAUGGCAAUACAUUUACUGCUUGCUUUGUCACAGAAAGUAGUUU